AUGGGGUCUCUCUUGAAACUCGCGUCGUUCCUGACGAUCUUCGUUCUCGCUCUCGGGACCUCUGUCGCAGUCUGUGGCGCCGCAUACACUGUCCGCGACGGGGACACUGCCUGUGAGAUCGCUGUACACUGUGGUGUCGAGCUGCGCAACCUACUAGAAGCCAACCCGAACAUCAGCUCAUGGAAUAGCUUGCAGAAGGCACAGGUCAUUCAACUUCCAUCAACCGCGUCCUGUGGCUCCUGCUCGACCUGUGCGCAGGCAAAUCCGACAGACAGCGUCAAGACGGCCCCUGUCACAGCCACUGCACCUGCUGCAACAGCGACCACAAUGACGGGCAAAGCAUACACUGUGGUGGCCGGCGACACGGCUUGGAACAUCGCAGCACGGUUUGGGGUCUCUUUGGAAGCUUUGGAGGCUGCGAAUCCCGACAAGGUGGCCAACUGGGAUCUCCUACAAAUCGGGUUCACUCUGAACAUCCCUUCACCCACCGUCGCGACACCUCCGUCAAUGGCUACUACUACUACUUCUGGAAUCGUUCCGGCACCAACUCUGCAGUAUCCUCCAUCCACAUACUCGACUCCGACAUUGCCUCAACCGACACCAACCAGCGCGUCUGUAUGGACUGUUUCGUCAGGCGACACAGGUAACGGCAUUGCUUCCGGCGUCAGCGUCCCAUUCUCGGACAUAUCUACCGCCAACCCUACAGUGGUCUGGACGCAACUGACUCCUGGGCAAACCAUCAUCAUCCCGCCCGCGCCCACAGGUCUUUCCCAGGUGACAGGUGCUGCGGCCGUUCACGACGUGGACACGACCGAAGGAGUGUUGACACCGAAGGAUACCUACACGUUCUAUUCAGGAGAUGGUUCCUCCGCAGCCGGUUGGCCGCAGGUCUCCGACUGGCUUGCCUUUGAUGCCAUGUUUGACCACCUCAAGCCUUACAUGGGGCAGAAUUGUAUCAGCAAUGUCCCGGGGAACUCGCCUGACGAAACGGAACAAGUGCGUGAUGCUGUCCUCAGCGUGGCGAACCAGACUUACAUGGAUCCACGGUUCAUGCUCGCCGUCGUCAUGCAGGAAUCCAAUGGGUGUGUGAGGGUGGUCACCACCGUCGGAGGCAACAGCAAUCCCGGCCUUAUGCAGAGUUUCAAGGGCAAAGGUUCUUGCAAUCUUGGUGGCCAGGUCUUGUCUCCUUGUCCAGGCAACGUUAUUCAUCAGAUGAUUGUGGACGGCACGGCAGCCCCUGUCGAUGGCAUUACUCUGGUCAAAGCCCUCAACCAAGCAACCAGUCUUGGGGUCGCCGAUUUGGCCCAAGCCUUUUAUCGCGCUGCAAGACUCUACAACUCGGGUGCGAGCAGUUUGCCAACCAACGGGGAUCUGGGAGGGGCGCCAGGAGCCACUUUGUGCUAUUCGAGUGACAUCGCAAAUCGCCUCAUGGGCUGGUUCGACGGGCCAACCGCUUGUCACUUGGAUGCGAGGGCGUGA